AUGGGUGUCACUGAGUUCUCCUACUUCACCGUCAAGCCGGGCGCGACGUUCCCGGACAAGGAUGGCGACUACGACUGGGUUACCAACCUUGCCGUCAGCCAACCCGGCGCCGGGAGCAUCUACUACGGCAACGCGAUCGAGAAGCCAGACCAGUCGUGGUGUUUCCUCGACUGGGACUCUGUCGAAGACCAUGCAAAGUACCGCAACACCGCAGCCCACGAUCCCAUCGGUGAGAGCUUGGGCCAAUACCUCGACUGGACAAAGGGCUACAUAAAGCACAUCGCCCCCACCCCCUGGCCGCCCACCAUCCUCGCCCAAGCCCCCGUCGUCGAGGUCCUCACCCUCUUCUUCCCGGCGGACCUCUCCGAGGGAGCCAAGACCGCGCUGAGCGCGCAGAUGGACGAGUUCAAGGCCAAGGCUCUCGACACGUCGCCGGAUUUCCAGGGCAUCAGUCACGGAUGGAGCGUUGAGAACGACGUGCCCGUCACCGACGAGCCUGGCAAGACGGGCAACAUGCUGGCGGCCUUCAUCGGGUGGCCGAGCGUCGAGGCGCAUCACAAGUUCCGCGAAACGGAGGCUUUCAAGGAGAACAUCGGGCUCUUACGGGAUAUGAAGGAUGUCGUCAAGUUGGCGGUUUUCCACGUUAGUUGUGAGAGCAAAAGCCCUCCUGCAAAGGAGUGA